UCAUGGCAAUAAAUCUUUGCUUAACUAAAUCAUUUCUCUGAUAAAAGAGAGUUCUUUUUCCUUUGGCAUUCCAAUGCAUACAAGGAAAGGACAUUGCCCCACAUUUCGCUUUCAUUUGGGGUUGAGGCUUUAGCCCCUUCAGUCAUUUUAUGGCGCUCUGAUCUUUAUUAUUGUUAUUACUAUUAUUGCUUUUUUGGCCUUUUUUGAGAAUUGUGCUUUGCCUAUAUCCCCCCCUCUCUUUCCUCUUCUCUUCCCCACUCUGUUCUCCCCAUUCCCAUAAUCUCAACCCACAAACACAACUCUCUUUAAUUUUGUUUCUUUUCUUCAUCUGGGUUUGCUUUUUUCUACCUUGUUUUUGUGAUUUUUCUCUGUACUUCUUCUUCUUGUGAACCCCCCAUGCACUGCGUACCCAUUUCAUUCUCUCUCCGUUCCAUUGAUUUUCUCCAUAUGUUACCAUAAACUUUUGAAUUUCAACAGCAAUACGUUUCUGUUAUGGCAUUGAAGAGGCUGUUUAUUGUUAUGUUCUUUGUCUGUUUGGGAAGUUGGAGAAGCUAUGCACAAGAAGGUGGAGAAGCUCCAAUGGAGAAAACAGAGCUGGAUUCUCUGUUCUCUGCAAUACAGGGAUUUGUCGGUAAUUGGUGGAAUGGCUCAGAUCUCUACCCAGAUCCUUGUGGGUGGACUCCAAUACAGGGGGUUUCUUGUGAUAUAUUUGAUGGGCUUUGGUAUGUCACUGCACUAAACAUUGGACCAACUCAUGACAACUCUCUAGCUUGUUCCCCAAAUGCCCAUUUCAGACAGCAAUUGUUUGAACUCAAACACCUUAAAACUCUGUCCUUCUUCAGCUGCUUUGUCUCAACAAAAGGGAACAAUUCUGUUUCACUCCCAACUGGAGAAUGGGUUAAACUCGCCGGAAGUUUAGAAUCUCUUGAGUUCAGAUCAAACGCUGCCCUCGCCGGACAAAUUCCGGCCAAUUUUGGGAGUCUAUCAAAGCUGCAAUCUUUGGUUCUAUUACAGAACGGAUUCGUGGGUGAAAUACCAGAAAGUUUUGGCGAUUUGAUCAAAUUGAAGCGAUUGGUUCUUGCUGAGAACUCGCUCACUGGUCCAAUUGCUCAAAAUCUAGGCAGGCUGAGCGAGCUACUGAUUUUGGAUUUGAGUAGAAAUUUGCUGUCGGGUUCUUUGCCGCCGAGUUUGGGAAAUUUGACUUCCCUUUUGAAGCUUGAUCUGAGUGACAACAAAUUGAGUGGAAUUUUGCCGAGUGAACUCGGCGAUAUGAGAAAUUUGACGCUUUUGGAUCUGAGCAACAACAGUUUCAACGGUGGAUUGAGACAGUCGUUUGAGAAGAUGAAUUCCUUAGAAGAAAUUAUCUUAUCCAACAAUCCAAUUGGGGGAGAACUCAAGAGCAUAAACUGGAAAAAUCUACAAAAUUUAGCCAUUUUGGAUCUUUCCGACAUGAGUUUGAUAGGGGAAAUUCCAGAUUCAUUGUCUGAAUUGAAAAGUCUAAGGUUUCUGGGACUUAGCCACAACAAUCUAACCGGAAACCCCUCGCCAAAACUUGCAACUCUGCCCUUUGUUAGCGCAAUUUACUUGUUUGGAAACAAUUUGUCUGGAGACCUUAAAUUCUCCGAAAAGUUUUACGGGAAAAUGGGAAGGAGAUUUGGGGCAUGGGAUAAUCCGAAUUUGUGUUACCCCAUAGGAAUGUUUGGAGCAAACAAUGCUCCAUAUGGUGUGAGGCCAUGUGAGGGGGAAGAAGAAGUGGCGAAAUUAGUAAAGAAACCCAUUUCCAAGACGAAUUUGGAUAUGGGGAAUCGGAAUUUGGCUGUUUCAAAGGGUUGUUCUGGGAUUGGAAUUGAAGGAUUCUGGUGGAAAUUUGUGGGGAAGACAUUAACGAUGGCGUUGUUAAUGAAUAUGAAUAUGUUGCUAUGAAAUAGAAACAGAGGUUUGUUUUCUUAAAAGUGUUUGGUGUGAAUUUCAAGCUGACGUCCUAACAAAAUGUUACUUCUUUUUUUCAAACAGAAAAGAAGAAAAAGAAGUUAAAAUGGUUAUUUGUAAUAGAGUUUAGUUAGUUGUUUCGAUUUCAA